UGCCAACUCCUUGGCCUGGCCCCUUCACAGGAAAUUUCCCAAACCUCUGACCCGGCUGCUCUGGUUUGACCCCAUGUUUGUAACACUAGGUCAAGGCUGCCAUGUUCAGCCUCCAGGUACUGCAGGGACUGGGGCGAUGUUUGCGCCAGGGCAGCAGUGGCUACUGGCGUGCGGGCUGUGCUCUGGAGAGCUCUACAGUCUUGGAGGAGGCGUGUUUUGUGGGCUCUCUCCCUCAGGGCUCUGUAGACGUGAGCAUCCCCUGGAACGCUCUGCUGCAUUACUGUGGUGGCUCUGCUGGCGGCCUCGACACUCUGGCAUGAGAAGAUAAGAGGUGGGGGAAGCAGCCUGCAGUUGGCCCAUCCCAUGAGUUGCAGAAGCACAGAGGGUGUGCUGGAUCUGGGGCGAAUGCUUUUCAGCAGGCAGCUUUAGCUAUACACAUAGACAAAAUCCUUCACUUCUCAGUAGCUCCUGGCUCACUGUCAUGUCGCCUGGGCAGAAUGUUGUGACAGCAGGAGAGCAGCAUGAAGCGCUAUGGUCCUCCUGCUGCAAACUCCAUUCUCCCUUCACACUGCCUGUCCCCCUUCCAGGGACUGUGAGUUCCACUGCCUGUGAGCAUUCGACACACCCUGCGUGCCAGUGCCUGUUCCAGGUUACUCCAGCGUGUCUCUGGACCGGACUAAGGAUCGCCUGGUCACCAUGGUCCUGGGUGUGAGUCCCCGACGCCAGCUCCUAGUGAUGCUGCUCUGCCUCCUGGGCAUUUCUUGUCAGGCACGGGCUGGCACGGACGCCUCACUGCAGCCCGCUGUCACUGCAGCUUCCUUCCUGCAGGAUCUCCUGCGCCGGUACGGCGAGAGCGAUGUGCUGACCCUGCAGCAGCUCAAGGCCCUGCUAAAUCGCCUUGACGUGGGGGUGGGGCACGAGAACAUCUCCCGAUCGGAGCCGCAGCGCAGGAACCUCUCCCGGUGCUUCAGCUCCUCCGAGCUCUUCACCGCCCACAACCUGAGCGAAGGGUCCCAUGUUGGCCCGAGCAAGUUCCAGGAGUUCUGCCCAACCAUCCUGCAGCAGCUAGAGUCUCAGGCAUGCACAGCAGAGAACCUGGAGAACGAAGAGAAUGAGCAGACGGAGGAGGGGAAACCCAGCUCGGUAGAAGUGUGGGGCUUUGGCUUUGUCAGUGUGUCACUGAUUAACCUGGCCUCCCUCCUUGGAGUCUUCAUCGUGCCCUGCACCAACAAGGCCUUUUUCCAACGAGUCCUCACUUAUUUCAUCGCGCUCUCCAUUGGGACACUGUUCUCUAAUGCGCUCUUCCAGAUGAUUCCAGAGGCCUUUGGAUUCAACCCUCAGGAGGAUUAUUAUGUCUCCAAAUCUGCAGUGGUCUUUGGGGGCUUUUACUUGUUCUUCUUCACAGAGAAAAUCCUGAAGAUGCUUCUCAAACAGAAAGAUCAGCACCAUCAUGGGCACAGCCACUACAGCCCUGAGACCCUCCCCUCCAAGAAGGACCAGGAGGAAGGGGUCACUGAAAAACUGCAGAAUGGGGACAUGGAUCACAUGAUCCCUCACAGAACCAGCGAGCUAGAGUGCAAGAACCCAGCUGUGGAUGAGAAGGUCAUUGUGGGCUCUCUGUCUGUCCAGGACCUGCAGUCUUCCCAAAGUGCAUGCUACUGGCUGAAGGGGGUGCGAUACUCUGACAUUGGCACGCUGGCCUGGAUGAUCACCCUGAGUGACGGGCUCCACAACUUCAUCGACGGCCUGGCCAUCGGUGCCUCCUUCACCGUGUCUGUCUUCCAAGGGAUCAGCACCUCCGUGGCCAUCCUCUGUGAGGAGUUCCCCCACGAGCUGGGUGACUUUGUCAUCCUGCUAAACGCUGGAAUGACAAUCCAGCAGGCGCUCUUCUUCAACUUCAUUUCGGCCUGCUGCUGCUACCUAGGACUGGCCUUCGGGAUCCUGGCUGGCAGCCACUUCUCUGCCAACUGGAUCUUUGCUCUGGCUGGUGGGAUGUUCCUCUACAUUGCAUUGGCUGACAUGUUCCCGGAGAUGAAUGAAGUGAGCCAGGAGGACGAACGGAAUGGCAGCGCCUUGAUCGCCUUCGCUAUCCAGAAUGCAGGGCUGCUGACGGGAUUCAUUAUCAUGCUGCUGCUCACCAUGUUCUCGGGCCAGAUCCAGAUAGGGUAGGGACAGGCCUGGUUUGAUUGGGCUUUCUCACCCGCAAGCAUAUGAGCUGACGGCACCUGUAUGAGACAUCAGCGUUGCAAAAGCACUACAGAAAAGAGGCAUUUUUAAAAAACUAUCCCAUAGACUUUGUAUCGUUUAUUUCAGGGGGCUGAUGAAGCUCCUUGCCCUAGAUCUAUAGUGACUCAAGGACCUGUUUCCAGUGUAGCAUCCCUUCUUCUACUCUCCUUGCAUCAAAGGGACUCCUGGGAAGGACAUGUAAGAGGAUCAGGAGAAUGGGCUCUCUGGCUGUAUCGCUCCCUUUGGAGAGCUCCAGCCAUGGACAUUACUUCUUCCUUUCCUCUUCGAGUGGCUGCGGAUGGAGGAUGGAUGUGGUGUUGGUGCUGGACGGGAAGCCACUUUACAAGCCUCAAGCACAGCGUCUGCUUGGUACUCGUCCAUCCCUCGUACUCAAUCCCUCCGCGGGCAAUGGAAAUGUGAGGCAUAGGAACAGCCGUGGGUCCCAGGACAGCCCCAGUAUUUACAUCCGUUACCUGUAGCCUCCAAUGCUCUGGUUGUGCCGGUAGCCGUGUUUCUCUUUAGGAUGGGGAGCAUGCCUGCCUUUUGGACCUAAACAUGUAGUCGAGACCUGUUCGAGAGUGGCUCUCUUCAUCCAAAAGCUUCCCUUGCCAGCGUCUGCAGUGUGCGCUGGGCUGGAGGAAGGGGCUGAGUGUGAAAGAGAGAUGAAGAGGUCUGGGAACGUUGCACAGGGAGAGGGAUGAGCAAGACCAUAUCCUGCUGCUGUGCUGGAAUGCUCCUUCCUGGCACAGGUAGUGGAUACUGAACUGGGCAGGCAGCCUUGGUUUCCCUGCCCCCCUGCUCUCCUAGUCACAGCUGUUGCUGCUCUGGUCUCUUCCCACCUAGCUGCAUGGGCAGCACUGAAGAUGCCAGGGCAGGAGAAGUGUUUGACAUGCAGUCAGGCUGGCUUCGGGGUGUGAGUUAUGCUUCUCCUGUAGGGAUUUAAUGAACUGUACAGUUGCGUCUGCUGGUCAGAAUUACUGUAAUGGACACUUCUGGGUGGCUUCCAGGAGGUAGAACAGCCAAACACCGCUGCCUCUCACAGGAGUCCCUCCACAAAGAGGAAAGUGCUUAGAUCCCUCCAUCCUAACUUGGGACACUUGGAGAGCAGAGGGAGCGGAGCCGUGAAGCGAAGAUGCUGCAAGAUCUCAGCAUUGCAAGGGAAGGGCAUGGCAGCUGCAGUCAGGCCAGGGCGGUGUGGAACACAAGUCCUGGUGCCAGUUUCUCGGGCCUUCCUGCAAGAGCGAUCCUUACACUGUGACCAGGUUCACUUGAAAUUGGACAUCUGGUUUUAAACACUGACACUGAGUUUCAAGGUUUUUUAAAAAUACUGUACUUUUUCUUCAGGGCACAGGGUCCCAGGAACACAGUCUGUGGAACUGGAACCCAGCUCUGGGUGGCAGCAGGAAUUGGGAAGGGAGUUAAAGGCAUUUCAGAGCUCUACUUCUGGGCUAGCUUUCCUCCAAUUCACUAUGUGAACCAACUUAUUGUUAAUGUUUGGCCCCUUCAGCUUGGGCAGGGAAUGAGGUUCCAGACUCUGCCUCCCAUGGUUGUGAAUUUAUGGCUGCUGACUAACAGAAGUUCCUGCCUCUGCCACUAGCUUGUUGGGUGACCUUGGGCUAGUCACUCCCCCUGCCCCGUUCUGUGCCUCAGUUUCCCCAUCUGAAAAAUGGGGAUAAUGAUGCUGAUCUCCAUGGUCAAGUGCUGUGAGAUCUACUGAUGGGAAAACACGAGAUGAAGAGCUAGGGAUGAUGAUGAUUCUUAUUUCUGUGAGGGGUGUCAAGUUUAUUGCUGCCACUCUGUCUCUUGUGAUCAUUCUGUCUGCCUGAUUGGCUGCCUGGUGCAUAAGGGAACAGUUGUUGUCCAGUCCCUUGUCUUGUAACUUGUCCGUUGACAUACAAAGUUGUGUUGCCUUGUUAUGCUGUCCUCAUGGCAGAGGCUGAGCAGAAGCAAUUCCUGAUGGUUUUCCCCUGCACCCCAUCAGAAAAAAGGUGAAAGGCCUGUUGCUUAUCUUACCCAAUGCUUUUACACCCCACACCUCAAGGAUUUAGACCCCUCUUUGGUAAAUGUGAGCUACGCAGCUGCACCCAGGCCCACUGUCUGCCUCCCUUCAAUGAGGGCAAGCCGAAAUCGGAGUGACUCCAAAGGAAUAGAUCUCAUAACCAAAACCACCUGGGACAACAGCUGGCAGGCACAGCGCCUCCAGCAGGAUCAUGACUUGCUUUGACUGACUUCUAAUGCUGAACUUUAACUUGCUCAAUAAAGACUGGACAUCAAACGCCAGUCUCCUGUAGCUGUCAGUCAUCUGUUCCAUUGCACUAGCAUGACUGGCCCUAAUGGAGAGACACAGCUGAGUGUCAUUUACAUACGGCAGCAACCAUAGUCCCUGUCUCCUUCGUAGCACUCCUAGUGUCCUUGUAAACACAUUGAACAGUAUAGAAUCCUGUAGUACCUGUGCAAUACAGACUUUUGUUCACAUGACCAAUUAUCCAUAAUAGCCUACUGGGCUAUCCUAAUUUAAAAGCAGUUUCAGAGCAGCUCUGUCAACUUGGGCAAAGGACCACAGUCUUGUCAGUAGUAUCUCAUGUUUACUGCCUGUAUAUUUAGGUAGCUGGCAUGCUGUAUUCCUCCACAGCCAGGAGAAAGUCUUUGCCCCACGCCAUUCUUGCUGUUUAUGGCCUAGACCUAAAACCUAGUUAGUUUACGCCAUCAUUUUAUGGUGCUUCACCAAUGAAUGCUUGAUAUGGGUUCACCCAAACUUUGCCAACUCCAUUUCACCAAACCCAUCCUUGACAUGUUUAUAAAAAGACUAGAACAGGGGCCUUUGGAAAGCAGCAGAACCAUCUUCUUUCCCCUGGAAAAACCAUCAUUGUGGGAUUCCUGCUGCCCAACUGAGAGGUGAAUGGAAUAGGAUGGCACUCUUGUGAGUCACAUGAGAAAAUUUUUGGUCAGGCCAGCAUCGGUCAUCAACAGCUGACCAGGAGAAGUUCUCAUUGUAACAGUGAGGAGGUCAGCUUUUGGGAACAGUACUUAAGAGGGAAACUGCCUGUGAUCAAACAGCAUGCACUACUAAUGAUAGGAGAGCUGCAGCGUUGUAUCUGAAUUAAGUAGUGUCUGAGGGUACGUCUACACUACAGGCUUAUUUCGAUUUUACAUAAACCAGUUUUGUAAAACAGAUUGUAUAAAGUCAAGUGCACGCGGCCACACAAAGCACAAUAAUUCGGUGGUGUGCUUCCAUGUACCGAGGCUAGCGUCGAUUUCUGGAGCGUUGCACUGUGGGUAGCUAUCCCAUAGCUAUCUCAUAGUUCCCGCAGUCUCCCUCGCCCAUUGGAAUUCUGGGUUGAGAUCCCAAUGCAUGAUGGUACAAAAACAGUGUCACGGGUGAUUCUGGGUAAAUGUCGUCACUCAUUCCUUCCUCUGUGAAAGCAGCGGCAGACAAUCAUUUCAUGCCCUUUUUCCCUGGAUUGCCCUGGCAGACGCCAUAGCAUGGCAACCAUGGAGCCCGUUUUGCCUUUUGUCACUGUCACGGUAUGUGUACUGGAUGCCGCUGACAGAGGCAGUACUGCAGUGCUACACAGCGGCAUUAAUUUGCCUUUGCAGGGUAGCAGAGAUGGUUACCAGUCGUUCUAUACCGUCUGCUGUGCCAUUGUAAAUUGGCAAUAAGAUGACUGUUAUCAGUCCUUCUGUACCAUCUGCUGCUGUCAUGGGUGCUCCUGGCUGGCCUCGCUGAGGUCGGCCGGGGGCGCAAAGACAAAAAUGGGAAUGACUCCCCGGGUCAUUCCCUCCUUUGUUUUAUCUAAAAAUAGUCAGUCCUGCCUAGAAUAUGGAGCAAGUGUACUAGAGAGCCAGGGCAUCAGAGAACCAGAGAGCACAGCCACUCCAUGUCAGAUCCCGCAGAAAUGAUGAGCUGCAUGCCAUUCUAGGGGGUGCCUCUGCAACAAUCCCACCCAUUGCUUCCCUUCUGCCCCAACCCUCCUGGGCUACCGUGGCAGUGUCCCCCCAUUUGUGUGAUGAAGUAAUAAAGAAUGCAGGAAUAAGAAACACUGACUUUUUAGUGAGAGAAAAUGAGGGGGAGGCAGCCUCCAGCUGCUGAUAGUCCAGGCAGGACAUUAAACAGUGGAAGGGAGAGGAGCCCAGCAUCCCGCUGCUAUGAUAGUCCAGGCAGUACAGAAUCUUUUCUUUACACAUGAAAGAGGGGGGGGCUGAUGGAGCUCAGCCCUCAGUUGCUAUGAUGACGGUUACCAGCCAUUCUGUACCAUCUGCCGGGAAUGACCGGGAGUCAUUCCUAUUUUUACCCAGGUGCCCCUGGCCGACCUCACCAGAAGCCAGCCAGGAGCACUCGCGGGAUGAUAAGGACGGCUAUCAGUCCUUUUGUACUGUACCGUCUGCCACCGGGGAGGGGAGGGAAGAGGAUGCUUCUGUUCAGUGCUGCAGCACCGCUUCUACCAGCAGCAUGCAGUAGACAUAGGGUGACAUUGAAAAAAGUCAAGAAACAAUUUUUUUCCUUUUCUUUCACAGGGGAGGGGGGUAAAUUGACGAGAUAUACCCUGAACCACCCCGGACUAUGUGUUUGACCCUACAGGCAUUGGGAGCUAAGCCAAGAAUGCAAAUACUUUUCGGAGACUGUGGGAUAGCUGGAGUCCUCGGUCCCCACUCCCUCCCUCCAUGAGCGUCCAUUUGAUUCUUUGGCUUUCUGUUACGCUUGUCUCACAGCACUGUGCUGUGGACUCUGUAUCAUAGCCUGGAGAUUUUUUUCAAAUGCUUUGGCAUUUCGUCUUCUGGAGCGGAGCUCUGAUAGAACAGAUUUGUCUCCCCAUACAGCGAUUCAGAUCCAGUAUCUCCUGUAUGGUCCAUGCUGGAGCUCUUUUUGGAUUUGGGACUGCAUCGCCACUCGUGCUGAUCAGAGCUCCACGCUGGGCAAACAGGAAAUGCAAUUCAAAAGUUCGCAGGGCUUUUCCUGUCUACCUGGCCAGCGCAUCCGAGUUCAGAUCGCUUUCCAGAGUGGUCACAAUGGUGCACUGUGGGAUACCGCCCGGAGGCCAAUACCGUCGAUUUGCGGCCACACUAACCCAUAUCUGACAUGGCAAUACCAAUUUCAGCGCUACUCCUCUCGUCGGGGAGGAGUACAGAAACCAGUUUAAAGAGCCCUUUAUAUCGAUAUUAAGGGCCUUGUUGUGUGGACAGGUGCAGGGUUAAAUCGGUUUAAUGCUGCUAAAUUCGGUUUAAAUGCGUAGUGUAGACCAGGCCUGAGAGUGAGAGAUUUAAACCCUGUCUUAAGGGGAGAGGUCUGGGCUGCCUAUUCUCUCUCAAGGAAGUAUUUAGAAAGCACAUGCCAUCUAGUGUAGUGCUUCUCAAAGCCAGUCCGCUGCUUGUUCAGGGAAAGACCCUGGCAGUCCGAGAUGGUUUGUUUACCUGCUGCGUCUGCAGGUUCGGCUGAUCGCGGCUCCCACUGGCCGCGGUUCACCACUCCAGCCCAAUGGGGGCUGCGGGAAAGGCAGCCAGCAUGUCCCUCGUCCCGCGCCGCUUCCCACACCCCAUUGGACUGGAGCAGUGAACCAGUGGGAGCCGCGAUUGCCCGAAGCUGCAGACGUGGCAGGUAAACUAACUGGCCUGGACCACCGGAGCUUUCCCUGAACAAGCGGUGGCCCGACUUUGAGAAGCACUGAUCUAGUGCAUUCCAAAAGGGAGAAGAUGGCAUAGCUUUUUCAUAGUGCCAGAGCUCUCUCUGGCAAGGAUGGCUCAGUGUUACACAGAGAGGAGGCACUGCACUGCCAGCAUCUGGGAAAUCUGCCCCUCUCCUGGAACAAUGCUCCCCCCCCCCAUGCCCUCCCCAAAUCAUAAUUAGUAACAAACCAAAACUAGAAACUAAGCUGUGCUCCAGGUGGUAGGAAAGUCUAGAAGAACUGAUGUGCAGUUUCCUCUGGGCUGUUCCAAGACCUUGAAGAUGACAGAGAAAAUCCUGAGUCCUUUUCUCUAGUUUCCUGUCAAGGUGUUCUUGGGAGCUGACUUCAAGAAAUUUGCAGGCUGGAAAUUUGGGUGAAUUGCAGGGGGAGCAAAGACCUUCAUAGGAAUGGAGCUUCUUUUAGAGAGUUACCUAUGAAACCCUCUAAAAACAUUCUUUACAUGUGUAGCUGGGGGAGGCAGGCAACCAACCAAAGCGUUAAUUAAAAGGGUUGCCUGGGAGAGGCUCCUGUCUCUUGUUUGUGCAGGAUCGUACAAACCGGAGGGAGGGAGGGUUGAGAAAGGAAAUUGACAUAAAGCUGAGCUUGUGAGUGUUUUUAUUUAUAUUUCCCUUUACACCUCUGAUUAGCAACUCAAGUUCCAUCUCAGUAUUUUAAUAUCUCAGGUGUUCUAAGAAAUACUUGUUGAAACAAAGAACAUGACUUAUGUCUUGUGAACUGUAAAGUUUAUUUGCAAAUUUCCAUAAAUUAAAAUUUAUUCUGUAAUGAAAGAGAAUUGGAAGUGU